AUGAAAGUAGAUAAACGAUCUUAUAUUGAGGCAUUCCCAAGUUCAGGAUUGAACCAGUCGAAUUUGGAAUAUUUAGGUGUUGAUGGGCAAGGAAAACCAGAGGCCGCACCAUGUGCCAUGCGGUACAUGGUCACUGGAAAAGAUAAGCCAGAUCGCGCGGUUGAGCGUCAGAGUCCAGGGGGACUGACCUCAUUAACAGGAGAUGAGGAAAGAGAAGAAUAA